AUGAUUAAUGAUCAAACUAAAACCAAUGGUCUUAUACUUAGUUCGAUUUCUCUUGGCUUUAAUACAUUUGCAUGUUUGAUAUCAUGCAUAAUUUUUCUUAUUAUUAUAUAUCAUCUUUAUUAUAAUCAUGUAAAACGUGAAGACAAAAUAACUAUUGUUCUUUGUGGUCAUAUAUAUUUAGCAAUUGUAAUGUAUUCAUCAAUGUCAAUAUCAAUGAAUAUUCGAUCAAUAUUGGGUGAUUUGUAUGACCAGUCUUUUGAUUCAUCAUGGUGUAUUUUUUCAGGAUAUUUAGCUAUUGUAUUUCUUGGUAUGUCAUACAUGACGUUUGUAAAUCAGGCAUUUUAUCGUCUUAUUCGAAUUGUUUAUUCUCAAAAUAGAUGGUUUCAGUCUUUGAAAUUAUAUAUAAUUCUACCAAUUAUAGAAAUAAUAAUAGUAACACCUGUUCUUCUAUGUGUUCUUAUACCUUUGAAUGGUGUAAUAUAUUCACCAAAUGAUCAUUUUUGUAAUAUAUCAUACACAAAUAUUCCUGGUAUUCUUUCGGCAGCAGUUAUUAUUUAUAUAGGUCCAUUUUGUUGUUUAUUAUUUAUUUAUAUACAUAUAACAAGAUUUAUUCAUGAGCAAGGAAAUAUUCAAACAUUAAUAAUCAAACACCGACAAUCUCGAGAUUUACUUAUUAUUCGACGUAUUUUAAUUAUUGUUAGUUUAUUACUUAUUCUUGGAAUACCUGCAAUGACUCUUGUAUUCAUGUUUAUAAUAACAGGUGAAGAAUAUCCAUUACUUGUUCGAAUUUCAUAUUUUCCAGUUAGCGCAUCUCAAAUGGGACUGAGCGUCGCAUUACUUUUUUCUAUUCCACAACUGAAAAAUAUUGUUCUAAACUUAGGAAUAAUAAAAACAGUGACGCCUGUCAAUCAAGUAGUGCGAGGCACAAUACAAAUGAAAACAAUUGUUGGUACUCAAUAA